CGUCUGCACUCUCUUCGGUACCGUGAGUCACCCAGCUGUGGUCCGGAGAACCCGGGAAGGCGUGCGUGGUCUCUGCGCAAACACUGCACCAUUUUGCAUAAGGCGUUUGAGCAUCCGUGGAUUUUGGCAUCCCGGGGGCUCCUGGAACCAGCGUCCCCCAAACACAGAGAUACAACCGCCUCUCUCUUCCGCUGUGGACCUAAGAGACAAACAAUGGGAACAGCAGAGGAGAUGAACCCAGAGGGGGAUGGAUACGAGGUGUAUUUGCUGCCGAGCAGUCUUCUGGAUACCCUUCUUAUUUCCAGCCUGUGUUCAGAUGACUGCUGGCUGCAGAGUGCUGAGUACCGGGGGCCUGAGAGGACCCUGCACUUGGAAUUGCUCUGUGAUGCUUUAGCUGUCUGGGUGGGCUAUGAACAGGCCAACUGCAAGGGCGAGCAGUUUGUGUUUGAGAAAGGGGAAUACCCCCGCUGGGACUCCUGGACCAGCAGCCGGAGGACCGACUCCCUCAGCUCCCUGAGGCCCAUCAAAGUGGACAGCCAGGAGCACAAGAUCAUCCUCUAUGAGAACCCCAACUUCACGGGGAAGAAGAUGGAGAUCAUCGACGACGACGUGCCCAGCUUCCACGCCCACGGCUACCAGGAGAAGGUGUCAUCCGUGCGUGUGCAGAGCGGCACGUGGGUUGGCUAUCAGUACCCCGGCUACCGUGGGCUGCAGUACCUGCUGGAGAAGGGGGACUACAAGGACAGCAGCGACUUCGGGGCCCCCCACCCCCAGGUGCAGUCUGUGCGCCGCAUCCGAGAUAUGCAGUGGCACCAACGGGGUACCUUCCACCCCUCCAACUAGCGCCCCAGCCCCAUCCCACCUGCCCAGAAGCCAGGGCUGCUGUCCGGGAUCCCGCCAGGCCCCCCAGCGAGUGAAUAAAGUGUGUCUUGCAACUUG